AUGCGCUUCAAACCCAGUUUUUCGCUGGCCAUUUCGAUUACAUUAGUUUUGUUGGCUUGUGGGUUGUGUGAGCCGUCGGCGGAAGAAACGGAAAACGGCGAGCCGGUGUUUUAUUGCUUUGUGGAUCCGCCAGCGGUGAGAAGAGUUCAGAGUUCUAAGCGCCAUCCAGACAGACACGUUCCAGAAAACCCGCGUGUCGCCCGAUCUUCUCUCGAACAUCACCGCGUGCACGCACUUUGUCUACGGCCGCAUUCCGAUCGACAAACCGUCGGGACACCCGGAAUACAGUGUGACCGAUGUGUACUCGGAUUAUGGGAUUGACAAUCUGCGAACGUUUAUUCGCAUGAAAUCUAGACAUCCGAGCGCCAAGUUCUUGUUGGGAGUUGUGCGCACGAAGCCGUUUGAGGAUAAUCUGAUGGCGCAAAAGGUUGCGGACGGCGUUUUGAAAGCGGUGAAGAGCAAGUGAGUUCUCCAACGCCCGGAAAGUUUUAGAAACGUCCUUGUAGACAACUCGACGGAGUGUUCAUUCGUUUCGAGGGCAACCAUCUGGAGUACCGUACCUCUACGGCGUUCAUCAAGUCGCUCGCAUCCAACGAACAACUAUCGGUGACGUUCGGAGUCAGCGGAAGAAGAGUGUUCGCGUUUGAGGCGGUGAGACGGCUCCGAGAGAUCAACGAGCACGUCGAGCACAUUUAUUUGGAUAUGGGAGAGCUGCCGUCGAACGAGGAUCCCUAUCAGAUCACUCAAAUCAAUCCGCUCUUCUCGAACACUUCGAUUCCAUUUGAGGAAACGAUUCAGGGGACUGUGCAACAGUAAGUUACCUUCAGAAUCAAAAGUACAGCGGAUGUUGCAGGUUGACAGAAGAAGGACUCCUCCCACAUCGUCUUGUCAUCGGACUGACCGCCGGUGGAUGGAAGUUCGAGAUCAAAGACGCCCAAGAUCCACUGACAGUGAUUCACGGGCAAUUCGCAAAGACGCCCGGACGUCGUGUGUCCUAUCAGGAUGCGUGUCGGGCUCGCGGAGCAGUCGUCUACAAUUGGGAAGUGAUGAAUGAGGUGACAGUGUACCGACAGACGUGGAUCAGUGUCAAUCUGCCGACGAAGAAGGCGUUAGGGGAGAAGGUAGGUCACAUGGAAAACACAUCUUCCAUUUCCCCCUCCCCCCCAGAUCAAAUGGAUCCUCUCCGAACACUUUGCCGGCCUCGGAAUCUCCUCCGCCCUUUCCGACGAUCCGUCGGGAGAGUGUGGAACCGACGCGCUUCCCGCUCACACGUUGGCUAUGGAAAUGCUGAGGACGAGCAUCAACUCGAACGUUCCCAAGUGCACACGGCUCUGUUACCUGGAUCCAUCGCAAGUUCCCUCCACGUUCCCCAUCGACAACCUGAAAUCCGAGUUCUGUACUCAUCUAGUCGUCCACUAUUUCGACCUGGACCUCCGCGAAACUGUUUUGAUCGCCGAGGGCGCUCGCGAGUUGAUCGAAAAGAUCGAUGAGUGGAGGAAACGGAUCAUCGAAGUGGCGCCGAAGCUCAUUUUGUCACUGGGCUCCAAGCAAACCACCGGAGUUUGGCAAUUCAUCGUCGCCAAUGAUUUCCGUCGCAAGGAGCUCGCCGAGCAAAUCAUUCGUUCGGUCAACGAGUCGACGGCCGAUGGAAUUGAAGUCUCGUGGACGUUGGAGGCGAUGACGAGCGAGUUCGACAAGAAGAAUCUGAAGGCGUUCAUCGAUGACGUGCUCACGGCGGAUACGGACAAAAAGACGGAGAUUCUUGUGGCCACCACUGCCGACAGCGCUUAUUCGGACUUUUACGACUAUGAACAUUUGAACAAGUACGUUUUUCAUUUCAAAGUUUACAAUAUUCCUACUCGUUUUGCCCUCCAGAACCGCCUCACUGAUCGUCCUCCACUCCCACCGUCUCCAUUCGGAAUCCGCUCCGUUCACAGGCCAUCCAUCGCCCAUCUCCGCCACUUCGUCGAUGAAAGUCCCCAAGAUGACAUGGGAAUCUGUGUACACCCACUGGACGACCGCUCGCAAAGUGGCCCGCUCGAAGAUUGUGCUCUCUCUGUCCGCCUCGACCAUCUCGAUUCAAUCGCUCGCCGACGAGCGUACCCAAUCGAUGGAUCCGUUCGGACAAGCCGCUCUCAUCUCACUCCUCCGCUCCAAAAAAUCCGAUAUUCACAGUUUGCAAGAGGUCUGCGAGUCCGUAUCCUCAGGAACCGCCCUGAACAACUGGGUUCCGAUCGCCAACGUUCCCUACCUCCGACGAUAUGAUCAGAUGGUCGCGUACGAGUCGCCGAAAAGCGCUCACAUCAAAGCGGUGUGGGCUUCGAUGGAGCGAGCCGGCGGAUUGGCUCUUCACAACAUUCAACACGACGAUCCGCACGCCGUGUGCGACAAUCGCACCGCUUUUCCGUUGCUCUCGGCGCUCAGCCGUGCUCACGUGUGCUCAAAGUGUCUCACGCAGCAUGACUUCAAGAAGUGUCAUGACCACGAGUUUGUCGUUUCGUGUCGUUAUGAGCUGAAGAAGAGCAAUCGUGAGUUGCGUUCAGUUUUUGAAACACAAUUAUCAUACCAUCUUUUAGCAGUCUUCAAAACCGACAUUGUUCCGUACGAGCGAUGCACCGAAGUGAUUGUGGAGCAGGCGAAACUCGUGCUCGGCGGCAACAUCACCUUCGAAACGGCCGAAGAGGAACGGGCGCUGAGAAACUUGACCGAAAUGCGUCCGAAGAUGCUCAAAUGCGGACUGGUGCUCGCGUUGUCGUGCGGCGAUUCGGAACGUCAUCUCAACUCGAUUCUCGGCGGUUUGAACCACAAAAACUGUGGAAAAGUAGAGAGAGAGAGAGAGUAUUGUUGAUUUAGACAACAUGACGAGUGCGAUCGACAAUGUUCUGGCGGUGAUGGACAAGUACAAGUUUUCGGGUGUUCAGUUGGAUUGUGAGAGACCGAUUCGACGCGGGAAUCAUGUAACGGACACGUUGUUCGGAGUUUUUUUUGGAAAGAAUCUUUCAGAUCUACUUCAACACGUUCGUCCGUAAGCUGUCCAAGAUGUUCGAAAAGUCAAAAGCGUCCAACGGGUGCAACAGAACCAUCUCGGCACGGUAAGCCAAUACAAUCCAUAUAAAUACAACUGUUCCCUCCCAGAUUCUCGCACUACACCCGCAACCCGUCCUCCUACUUCUCAAUCUCUCUCCUCAACAAACUGUCCCACGUCUCACUGCGAAUGUCUUCCCAAUCCUCGGUCGAUGCACCAUCGUUCUUCGCGAAUCCGUCCGAUCCAAAAGCGCCGUCCACCGAGAAGUUUGUCAAGAUGUGGAAGGAGGUGGGAUUGCGGCCCGACAAAUUGGUGUUGGAGAUCUCGCCGUUCGGCUUUGAAUCGAACGGGACCGGCGGAGGAGUGGUGCGAGCAAUGGGACAGGGAGAAGUGUGCCAGACUGUCGGCAAUCGGGCCGUCUUCCGACACGACUAUGAGCAGUUGAAUGGAGCUGUGCGGCUUGAGAAUGGAACUAUGGUGCAUGCGAUGAGUGCGGACGAUUUGGCUUAUAAGAUCGGUUACGCUCGUCGCGAGAAUCUGGGCGGUAUCGCGUUGAACUCGGUGAACGGCGACGACUACACCGGCAUCUGUGGACGUGGAUCUUUCCCCCUUCUCAAGUCGAUUUACACAAGCGUAAAGUGUCAAUGA